CAUGAAGCAGCAGCAGCAGCACAGUGUCCACCUGCGGCCGGACGCUGCCAGUUUCCAGCCCGACUCCCGUGGGUGUUGGGGGGCAAAAAGAAUUUUCUAAUCCGUCACCAUUGUACCAAUUGUCUUUAUAUAAAUGAUGUGCGAGUGAAGCUCGGCCUUCACAGGAGGGGCUAUCAAAUCCUAAUCACAGUUCAUGAAAGAGUCCUAACAAAGAAAUGAAUGACUCUGAAGAUUUCAAGGAGGGCGAGAGUAGAAGCAAAGACCAAAUCGAUGGCACAAGGAUGAGCCUGGGCAACAAGAAGGGGGUAAGGGUGUCUGGGAGACAUGCAUCCCCCGUGGACUGGAGCUCCAGAAGAGCAGGUCCGUCCAUCAUCCAUUCUCCCGCCAGCAGCCCUUUACCUCCAGAAACCCCUACUGUGAUCUCCAUCAGCCCCUUGCCUCACAAGCCCCCAGUGCAGGUGGAGGUCAAGCCUGCCGUCGAGGACGAUUGGACUACAGGGGGUUCCUCUCAAUCCAGGGCGUCCUACGGUGAAACGAGCGUCUCCCGGCAGACCAUGGAGGAGCUAAAGACCAUCCUGAGAGACAGCCCUAUGCUUAACAUCCGGGGAAGAGACGAGGGGAAGCCAGGAAGUCCUUAUACGUACCUCCAUGGAAGCAGCAGUGGGGGUUAUGGAAGGUCCGAUGGACGGCAGGACGAUGGAAACCCCAACAGGACGUUCAGCACCUUCAAACCCCAAUCCGACGCUUCCAGAAGGGGGGCCAGGUUCAGAGAUAGCACGUCUAUUCAGCAGCCUUCCGACGUGGAUUCAUCCAGCUCAAUCAGGCCGGAUGCCAACACAAAUAGGCUGCCUGGAGUUAGGGCUCACACAUAUGCAAGCGGCGGAUCCUGGGCAGAGACUGGAGCUCCUCACACAGAUAACGACUGUGUUGAUACUAUUGGAAAUCAGAGGUUCAUUGCCAACAUGGAGCAGAUCAAGCAGCAGAUCGCCAGAGAAAACAUCAACUUUGUCCGCUUCGAGGCCACCGACCUCCACGGGGUGUCCAGGUCCAAGACAGUGCCCGUCCGCUUCUUCCAUGAGAAAGCGGUGUACGGGGUACCGAUGCCCAGAAGCUACUUGGAGCUGACCCUGAGCCCUAAGAGCAACGAAGUAGACAAUGCCAGCACGGCUAACUUCAGCAGUGAUGUCCUCCUGAUCCCUGAUCUGUCGACCUUCAGGGUCUUACCCUGGGCCGAGCAGACAGCCCGGGUUAUAUGCGACCCCUGCACCGUUGCAGGAAGCCCCCUUCGCACUUCACCCCGCCUCAUCGCCAAGCAGCUUCUCGGCCAGCUCCAAAGCCUCGGCUUCUCCCUGCACUCCUCCUUCACCUAUGAAUGCUGCGUCCUGGGAACGCCGGACCGCAUCGGACCCAAGACGCUCUUGUUCCCGGCGACCACACUUCUCAGCAACCAUGACCUGCCUUUCUUCCAGCAGCUGGUGGACAGCAUGUACUGCAUGGGCGCAGACAUAGACAGCAUCGCCUCUGCAAGCGCCCCCGGCCAGAUGGAGAUCAACCUGAGGCCAGAGUUUGGGAUUGCGGCCGCAGACACUGCCUUCACUUUCCGCACCGGCAUCAAAGAAAUGGCUCGCAAGCACAGCUACAUCGCCAGCUUCUUCACCGACGACGGCCUGUACAAUGCUGGGGUGCUCUCUCACAGCUUGUGGGAUGCUAACGGCCGACGUAGCCUCUUCCAAAGCGGGGAGAAGGCUGGUGAGCUAUCUGAGAUUGGCAGGAAAUGGCUUGCUGGGCUUCUUACGCACUCUGCUGCUCUGAGCUGCCUGAUGUCGCCCGGCCUGGGCUGCCGGAGCCACAUCGCAAAGACAAUCAAAGACCCUAAACGCAUGCUUUACGCCACAUGCGGUUGCAAUGAUAACAGCAGCUCCUUCAACAUUAAGAGUCACGGGGGAAGGGAGACGCACAUCGACAACAAGCUGGGCUCAGCUAUGGCCAACCCGUACAUCGUGCUGGCUGCCACCGUGGCCGCGGGACUGGACGGCAUCAAGCGAAACCUGAACAUCGAGAGCGGUCUUUACAACGCCCCCGGUCAGCAGAAGGAUUUUGCCGUUCCAGUGAAGCUCGACGAGGCUCUGGAGGCACUGAGCGAGGAUCACGUCAUCUGCAGCACCCUCGGAGAGCCCUUUGUUCAGUAUUUCAUUGCCAUGAAAAAGUUUGAGAUUGAGACCCAAGAACUGGAUGAUGAGAGGAACAAGUGCCUGGAGUAUUUCAUCUAGAAAGCCCGCUCCACAGACUUCCUCCUCCUACACGAAUAAAGGCAAUAAACACAGCUUUUCUUUUUAUAUGACACCUGUUUAUUAUUGCAGAUUGUAGAUAUUUUUCGGUUAUUACAAAAUAAAAGUAUUACUACA